AUGAAGUGGCUAAUCAUAGUCCUAGUUUAUCUGCACUUGUCAGAAGGACUAGAGAGAGUCAUCCUGAAGAGAGGGAAAUCCAUUCGGGAGAACAUGAAGGAGAAAGGUGUGCUGGAGGAAUUUCUGAAAAAGAACCAUGUCGACCCUGCAUUAAAAUACCACUUCAAUGAAUACAAUGUUGCUUAUGAGCCAAUUACCAAUUAUUUGAAUUCUUACUACUUUGGCGAGAUUAGUAUUGGGACACCACCACAGAAUUUCCUGGUUGUAAUGGACUCUGGUUCUUCCAAUCUCUGGGUUCCCUCUGUGUAUUGUGAUACUGCAGCCUGUGCAAAGCACAACAGAUUCAGUCCUAGUGCAUCUUCUACAUACUCCAACUCUGGGCAGACUUACACCCUGUACUAUGGAGCUGGUGACUUGACAGUCAUGCUAGGUUAUGAUACUGUGAUGGUCCAGAAUAUUGUCGUUACCAACCAGGAGUUUGGCCUGAGUGAGAAUGAACCUAUGACUCCCUUCUACUAUGCCAGCUUUGACGGAAUUAUGGGUAUGGCUUAUCCAUCUCUAGCGGUAGGAGGGACAGCCACAGUCAUGCAGCAGAUGUUGAAUCAAGGACAGCUUUCUGAACCCAUCUUUAGCUUUUACUUUUCACGAUUUGCCAUUGGCAACGAGGCCACUGGCUGGUGCAGUGAAGGCUGCCAGGCAAUUGUAGACACUGGCACUUGUCAGCUUACCAUUCCACGGCAGUACUUUGAUACUUUCCUGCAGGCUGUGGGAGCUGAAGAGUAUAAUGGUGAGUUACUAGUGAACUGCAACAAUGUCCAGAACAUGCCCACCAUCACUUUUGUCAUUAAUGGAGCCCAGUUCCCUCUGCCUCCCUCUGCCUAUGUCGCCAAUAAUGAUGGAUAUUGCACAGUUGUAGUGGAGCCUACCUAUCUGGCUUCCCAGAGUGGAGAGCCAUUGUGGAUCCUGGGAGAUGUCUUCCUUAAGGAGUAUUAUUCUGUUUUUGACAUGGCGAACAACAGGGUGGGAUUUGCACUAUCAGCUUGAAUGUGACAAAACCCAGUUUCUCUCCAAUCUUAUGCUUCUGUUCUCUUGGACUCUGAUAGAAUGACUUUCAAUCAAAAUAAUAAACUCUAAUAUG